AAUGUGUUCACGCGAUCCGGCUUCGAAUCAGUUGAUCGAUUACAAGAAUAAGGAUUCGGAGGUGCAGAAGGAGUGCACCACAGCCAGCGGUACGCCGGUGGGUGUGAAAGAUGCCAUCAUGACGGUGGGGCCGCGUGGACCGGCUCUGCUGCAGGACUUUGUCUACCUGGACGAGAUGAUGCACUUUGACACGGAGCGCAUACCGGAGCGUGUGGCGUAUGCGAAGGGUGCGGGUGCCUUUGGCUACUUCGAGUGCACCCACGACAUCACCCGAUUCUGUGCAUGUUCGCUCUUCGAGAAGAUCAAGAAGCGCACGGCCAUCGCCAUGCGGUUUUCGGUGUCCUGCGGGGAGAGCGGCUCGGCGGACACUGUCCGGGAGCAGCGUGGCUUCGCCGUCAAGUUCUACACGGACGACGGCAUCUGGGACAUUGUGGGCUGCAACACGCCCGUCUACUAUGUGCGGGAUCCCUCGCUGUUUCCCAGCCUGAUCCACGCCCAAAAGCGGAAUCCGCAGACCCAUCUGCGGGACGCUGACAUGUUCUGGGACUUCAUGACACUUCGGCCCGAAACGUUGCACGCUCUGCUGAUGUACUUCAGCGAUCGCGGAACACCCGAUGGCUACCGUCAUAUGCAUGGCUAUGGGGCUCAUACCUAUCGCAUGGUGAAUCCGAGCGGAGAGAGUUUCUACGUAAAGUUCCACUUCAAAACGGAUCAGGGCAUCAAGAAUCUGGACGCGCGCCGCUGCUCUGAGCUGAUGUCCCACGAUCCGGACUAUUCCAUCAGGGAUCUGUACAAUUCGAUCAAGAAGGGCAACUAUCCCAGCUGGACUAUGUACAUUCAGGUGAUGCUCAACGAGGAAGCUAAGAAGAGCCGCUUCAACCCAUUCGACGUGACCAAGGUGUGGCCCCAGAAGGAGUAUCCCCUGCUGCCGGUGGGCAAGCUUGUGCUCGAUCGCAAUCCAACCAACUACUUCACGGAGGUCGAACAGCUGGCCUUCAGUCCGGCCCACAUGAUUCCUGGCAUCGAACCCUCGCCGGACAAGAUGCUGCAGGGGCGUCUUUUCGCCUACGGCGACACCCAGCGUCAUCGAUUGGGCGUCAACUACAUGCAGAUUCCGGUCAACUGCCCGUACCGUGUGCACGUGAAGAACUUUCAGCGGGACGGGGCCAUGACAGUCACUGACAACCAGGACGGCGCUCCGAACUACUUCCCCAACUCGUUCUGUGGACCCAAGGAGAGCUCCCGGGCUCUGGCUCUGCAGACCUGCUGCCCCAUCUCAGGCGAUGUCUACCGCUUUAUGAGCGGCGACACCGAGGAUAACUUCAGUCAGGUUACAGACUUCUGGACCUACACCCUGGACAAUUGCGGACGUAAGCGCCUCAUCCGUAACCUGUCGGAGCACCUGUGCGAGGCCAGUCAGUUUCUGCAGGAGCGUGCCAUCAAACUCUUCACGAUGGUCCACUCGGACUUUGGUCGCCUCAUGACCGAGGCCCUGAACACGGCCAGGAUCUCCAAGUUCUAACUGCUGUUUCAUAUUUCUAAUAAAU